AUGAUUGCAAAUAUUUUUCAUAAAAAUAUACAUAUAAAUAAAAGUUUAAAUAUUAGCAACACCUUUUUUUCUUAUUUUAAUAAAAGAAGUGUUCUUCAAACAAAGUUUAAAAAAAAAAAUGAUACAUCCUAUAACUUACCAUUUAAGGUAAGUAGAACUAUUUCAGGAAAUUUGCCAGUGUACCCAAAAAUUAGAAGACAUGGUACCAUUGUCACUACAAUAGUUAGGCACAUUUAUGGAGAUAUAAAAGUUUUUAAAGAUCAUUUGAGAAAUAUUUGUGAAGCCCCAGUAAGAGAACAUGUUGGUUAUAUAGAAGUAAAAGGAUUACACACUUUAAAAAUAAAACAGUGGCUACAACACAUUGGCUUUUAA